AAAGCGCAGCUUCGAUGAGGACAGAGAUAAAGAGAGAUCAUCAGUUAACCCAACACCAUGACGGGGAAGGACGGACUUGUGCUUUCAGACUCAGAGAAUAAACAAAACACAGCAUCAAAAAUCAGAAUGAACCACGGGGACCCCAAGCAGCCGACCCCAGUCUGGAAGAUGGCCCCCACUGCGCAGCGGCGCACCGGCUUCGGGAUCCAGGAGCUGCUCGGCCUCAACAAGGAGCCGCCGGCGGUCACACCGAGGCGGCCUCUGGAGGUCCUGCCGCACAGAGCGCACGCUCUGGCGGCCAGGUCUGCCCUGGGACACGGAGGGCUGGGGAUCAGCAUGGGUCUGCUGGGGCCGGAGGGGAUCCACUCGUUCUACAGUCAGCCUGCGUUUCUGGAGGUGCUGUCAGAGGCGCAAAACGUGCACCUGCAGCCGCUGCACCGAGCGGCGCAGAUGGACUCACAUAUAGAGGUGCAACAUUCCGGUGCAAGCUCAGAUUCAGAUGAUUUGAGCUCCUCUGGAGAUCAAAAAUUCUCCACAUCAUCGAUGAGUCAGAGCAAGAAAAGAAAGAAAAGAAGACAUCGAACCAUUUUCACUUCCCAUCAGCUGGAGGAGCUGGAGAAAGCUUUUAAUGAAGCGCACUAUCCAGAUGUUUAUGCUAGAGAAAUGCUGUCGAUGAAGACCGAGCUGCCAGAGGACAGAAUACAGGUCUGGUUCCAGAACCGCAGGGCCAAGUGGAGAAAGCGGGAGAAGUGCUGGGGCCGCAGCAGCGUGAUGGCAGAGUACGGUCUGUACGGCGCCAUGGUCCGUCACUCCAUCCCACUGCCAGAAUCCAUCCUCAAAUCAGCCAAGGACGGCGUUUCAGACUCCUACGCUCCAUGGUUACUGGGUAUGCACAAGAAAUCAGCGGAACCUCCACACGCCUCCCCAGGGAAGCCCAGCGGCCACACACCGCCACCUGCUCAGGAGAAAACGAUGGAUGACACGCCAGAGAAAGAAAGUAAAGACAUCAGUUUACCAUUUUCUAAAGAGGAACUGAGGGAGAACAGCAUCGCUGUGCUGCGAGCGAAGGCGCUGGAGCACAGCGCUAAAGUUCUGGGGAAUGUUUCGGACCAUACGACACAAACCGUGGAGGGAGAGGAACAGGAAAUGACAGACGUAGAGAUGAAGCUCUAAGCAGGGCUGCAGGAUGCAGCGCGUUGUUGAACUGGGUCCUGAGUUUCUGUGACCUCUGACCUCCUAGUGAUGACUAAGUUCAACUCACUGCUGCCACUAGCUGGUACCAAAUCCUGGACUGAACACGAAGCUGAAGCACUGCGUUUCCAGCUGUUUAUAACUCUGAUGUACAUACAGAUGUCGGACUGUUCCAGCACCAAGCGUCUGGUUGUCUCUGUGUAAAUGUGACUGUAGUUUAAUUAAAACACUCCUAUAUUUAAA